CGCGCUGCAGCAGGUCCGUUCACUACAGCUAACUAAAGUCCAUCAUCGAGCUAGUUAGCGGAGCGGUGGAGUAACCGCGGUCGAGUGACCCAGCAGCAGCAGCAGCCGGGGACCAUGGAGUAGCGGAGAGGCGGCUCUGCUAUCCCCGGGUCGAGGCGGUCUCUGAGCCGUUGGAGACGGAGCCGUUCAGGUGCCGCUGAUUAGCUUGUCCAUUCAUGCGGCGCUGGUGCGCGGCGGAGUUUGAGCGCUUGAGCGGCUGCUAGGCUCAGCCUUCACCUCGCUGGGAUCACCGGGACGACACGGCUCAACAACCGCGCAGCAGCAUGGUGGUCCCGGACAGCGCCGGCAUGGUCCCUCCACCUGACAACGGCAGCCCGACUGGCCUCACGGAGAGCUCGGUGCCAGGGUGCGAGGAGGCGGGGGACGAAGGGCAAGACUCGGCGGGGGUGGAGCUGGAGGAGGUCCGGAAGCUGCAGGAGCUCGUCCGCAGGUUGGAGGUGCAGAAUGAAACCAUACGCAACCGAGGGAGCAAGGCCAUCAUCCACAGAGGGGCGAACAGCAACAUCACGGCGGCCGACAUCAACAUCAACGAGCGCCUGGCAUGUGACGAGGUCGCCAACUCCCGCCUCAGGUUGGAGCCCAGCGACGGUUUGGGGGUCACGGACUUGAAGCUGUCGCCCCCGCAGGAGGGCAGCAGCAGCGAGGACAUGUCCCCUCUACCUGUGGACAGGCUGAAGGAAGAGGACGAAGAGGAGGAGGUGGAAGAGGAGGAUCGGGGUCCGUGUGGGGGGUUUUUAACGUUGACCCGCAGCAACGGAGCGGGACAGUCUCAGGGGGAAAGCCAGACUCCGGAGAGUCCGUCUCAGGAGAGCUAUGAGUCAGAGACACUUGCAGAGAGCGACUCGGGGGUGGACCAGACUGCGCUGGAUGAAGUGGACGUCCUAGAUUUGGAGGAUGAGUGUGCGGAUGUGGAGGACAGUUGGUUGUACGUGUCUCCUAAAAAGCAAGUGGCUGAAGCGGGCCCACAUUCCCCGCUGAAGUGGUGUCGGCAGGCUCUCGACCACCGCAGCCCGGAGACAGAAAUGGCGUGCCGGACUUUCAUCAACCGCUUGGACCAGUCGUCUCGGUGGAGGAACAUGUACAGCAGCCCGUCUGAGGCGGGCUCGGCAGGCUCGGCAGGCUCCGGCCUGAUCUCUCCUGGGUACCACAAAUCGACUAACAAAUCCCUACUAACCUGUGGCAGCUCAGGUGCCACCAGUAUGCAGUCGGCCCUGAGCUCCCAGUCGUCCAUCGACAGUGAGCUCAGCACGUCGGACGACUCCAUCUCUAUGGGCUACAAGCUGCAGGAUCUCACUGACGUCCAGAUCAUGGCCCGCCUUCAGGAAGAAAGUUUGAGGCAGGAUUACGCCUCCAGCUCGGCGUCGGCAUCGCGCCGCAGCUCCACCGCCUCCCUGCAGUCGCUGCGCCGCGGCGGCACCUACAGCGACCAGGAGUUCGACACGUACAGCCUGGAGGACGAGGAGGACGAGUGCUGCUCCAUGCCGCAGCGCCGGCACCGCUUCACGCCCUCCCCGCUGGGCUCGCCGCGGUGCCUCUCUCCCUCCACGUCCAACCACGGCCAGGAAUACGGCAGUCGGCUGGGGGCCCCACGCACACGGGCGCCCAGGCGGUCCCUCCAGGGUCCCAGUGCAGAGCUGCUCAAAUUCGCCAAGAGUGAAGAGGAGUUGAGGCACAGCAUGCCUAAUCUGGCCCCCCGCACCAGCCUGCGUUCCCUGGAAGCAGUCAGAAACAGCCGCAGCAUGGAGGCUAACCUCCAGAGCUCUGGCAACCGCAUGUCUCACCUGACUCACACCCCCUCCACAGGCAUGACGUGCAGCCGGAUGCGCACCGGCGGCCAGUCGCCUCUGUCCAUGCGGACCCCGGUGAAGGCCGUCACUCCCGUGGGCUCCAUGGCGCCCGGCCGUCAGCCCUCCAGAGGUCUGCCCGUCAUACAAGCGCCGUGUUCGGGAGCGGGACGCAGGGUCCAGUCGCCGGGGUCUGCGAACGGAGGCGGAUAUGCACCCGGGAGGGGGUCCGCAGGGACAGGACGGGCCGGCGUGGGGCGAGGCCAGGCUGGGUCUUCGGCCUCAACUCGGAGUAAACUCUCACAUCCCACCCGGAGGUCUAUGGGCAUGACCAGACUCUCAGAUGAAUCCUGGAAAGACGGCUGUUACUGAGACGACGGACGUUCCCCUCUUCAUCCCUCACCGCUCUCGUCUCCUUACGAAGGACACAGUCGCCACAAACACAGACGUGUCGUACAACCUCUCAGUCCCCCGUUUCAAGCUGGAGCACUGGGUUGCACUGGAUUUGUAGUUAAUCUCUUUCCCUCGCAUGAAACGUUGUCAACCCACACACACAGAAGAUGUGUAGGCAGACAUGACGACACACACACACGCACACUCCACCACUUGUUACAUGGACCAACUUGGAGCUUCCAGAGGAUUUAUUUGUGUCAAUUUCACCUAUUUUUCUAUGGUAAUUGAGAGAAACUGCUGGAAUCUUAAGGGUUGUGUUGCUGUUUUGUUGGUAUAAUUGAUCUGAAGACAAUUCAAAUGAAGAAAAUUGCUGGUUUCCUCCUUUUGUGUGAAUACUACUUAAAUGAAGGUGCUGAGUAUUGCAUGCUUGGUUUUGCUGUUUCCCCCUUGGCCUGAUUGCCUUUUUCACCAUUGUGUAACUGCAAUAUGACAAAUCUUCCGUAUGUUCCUCAAAGAUUUGUGCAAAUUUAUGAAUGUUUGAGUGCUUUAUAGUGAAAUUAUCUUUAGAUUUGUGUUGUAUUUGUGUUUUGCUCUUUGCUUACACAGCAAUGCAACUCCUGCAAACCACACUGCCCUUAUAAAUUACAAAAAAAAAGUUAAAAUAAGGUUUGUGCCAAGGUGCAAUGCAGCUGCAACUCUUUUAAUUCCAGAUGUACUCUUGAAUUGUUGAAGGUACUCUUCCAGUACUGUAUUUUCCAGGCAUUUUUACUGUUUAUCUCAUGAAGGUUUGGAGCGUUUGCCUCUGGAAAGGACUGUAAUGAAGACAAUGUUUAUGCACAAAAGGCCUUUUGCCUCAGUCAGCUAUGCACCCUCGUGAAGAGUGCCUCUAAAAAUUAUGAGCUGU